AUGGAUCAUUAUCGAACCUUGAGAAUCACGCUUCAAUACGUGUGCAACCUUCAAAAAGUAAACCUCAUAUCAAGAAUGGACGUGCAUGCCAUCGUCUCAAUCUCGGGUGGUGAUAAGUACUCGAAACAAAAGACCAAAACGCCCUCGGACACUGUCGGGGGAAACAACCCGACGUGGGGCUUCCCGAUGAUGUUCACGGUGGACGAGGCGGCUCUGCAGCAGAACCGCCUCCUCCUCGACUUCAAGCUCAUCUGUGGAAGGGCUUUCGGGGACAAAACCAUCGGUCGAGUCAGCGUGCCAUUGAAAGAGCUCUUUGACGGUUAUGAGGGCAGGAGGAAGUUUGUGAGCUACCAAGUGAGGAAGCCAAAUGGAAAGCCGAAAGGCCAACUGACGUUUUCGUAUCAGUUCGUAGGAAAUGCCUUCAUCGGCGCAGACCUGCUACCGAUGUAUUCUCAAGUGGCAAAAACGGGUGGGAAAUAUUGUUAA